UUACUAGUGGCGCGAAACAACUACACCACUGUAGCCGGCGACAUUGUGGCUUGUUUAGUAUUCAAACUUUGCCUCGUGGUUUUUUUUUGUGUGGCAAAGUCUUCAUGGCGAAGUCUUUAGCGACAUACUUUGUGUUUUAGUAAAGACUCUGAAGUGUUUUACGGCUUCAUACGGACGUCAGAGUGGAGUUUUAUAACCGGUAAAAAAAUUGUGUGACUGUUUUAUUAGCGGUUUAAAACACAGCGAUGAGUUUAUUCAACCUCGAACGAUUCCGAUAUCAAAAAGAGAAGACGGUUGAAAAUCUGUCGUCGUCGGUCAGUUCACCCAAAGCAGAGCACCGCAGACUGGUGAAUAACUGUAGGUCAGAUAAGGAGAAUUACCCAGAACGCAGAGUGAAACCCGAUGGCAGACGAGGAAGAGGGAAAAUCCCACGCCAUGCACUGGAGGAUGUGUCCUCUGAUGAUGAGGCCUGUAAGAAGGCAAGGGUUCCUACAAUGCACUCAUCAGCGAGGAAUGCUACAGGGUGUGAAAAGCAGACAGAUCUUGAGAUGGAAGAUAAACUGACCAAGCUUCUGGAAAUGUUCCCUCAGAGGAACAGAAGAGAAUUGCUGGAGGUGGUGAACAGUACCAGCACACUGGAGGGCGCUGUAGCGUAUUGUCUGGUGGCCUACAAAGAUAAAGAUUUGUCCAAGACAAAAGGCAGCACCACACACAGUGAUGGUGAUGAGAUGCAACCAAAGAAGCGGAGAAAAACCGCCGAGCCAGAUUUUGAGUCUGAAGAGGAGAACCAUGAGCCGAGCAGAGAAAAGCAAGAUGCUCUGGUUCACAAUUUAAAAAAGAAAUUUCCGCAAAUGGAUAAAGUGGUGCUGAGAGACGUUCUGAGAGAGCAUGAGUGGGAUUAUGAAAAUGCCUUGGGAUCAUUGCUUAUGUUUUCAUUCGAUUCCGAGUCUAGCCCUGAAAAGAUCAAGAAGACAAAGUCCAAACAAUCAAGCAAUUCAAAGCCUUCUAAGAGCAGACAAGAGAGCAGUGAAGAUGGGAAGCAAAAACCUGAAUCUUCUAGUUUGACACGGUGGCUAUCAGCUGUAUCCAGUAAAUCUCCUUCAAGACUACAGUCCCUUUCCACCAGAUCACCGUCAAGAGGAAGCAGAACAGUUAGUCAUAAGUCUGAAAGAAAAGAAGAGAAGAGAGAACCUGAACCAAACAAAGACUCAGAACUUGAUAGUGACUCGGAACUUGAUAGCGAGGAUGAGGAUGAUGCUUCUGAUGAAUUUGACUUAGAAGCUGUGGACCAUAAAUUUUCUUCCAAGGUCCAGGAGCAGAUAUUGCAGUUCUUCCAGGAGGCUUCAGUGGAUGAAUUGAAUUUGAUAUCUGGCUGCUCAUUGAAAAAAGCCCAGAAAAUAAUUUCACUUAGACCAUUUAACACAUGGAAAGAUGUGAAUAAGCAGUUCUAUAAGGAUAAUGGCUUGUCUAUGGAUUUGGUAUAUAGCUGUAAGGAUGUGCUGAAGGAAAGACAAGUACUGAAACAGCUCAUGAACAAGUGCGCAAGCAUAGCCAAGAACAUGACCAAAGACGUAACCAAUGUCAUAGAAAAUUGCAUGGGCUCCAUGAAGCAGCCAACCAACCUCAACAAGAAGUUGAAAUUACAACCAUAUCAGCUGAUAGGCUUGAAGUGGCUUAUUCUCUUACACCAGCACAAUCUCAGUGGGAUCCUGGCUGAUGAGAUGGGCUUAGGAAAGACAAUUCAGGCAAUUUCAUUUUUGGCUUAUCUUUAUCAGAAGGGGAUUAAAGGACCUCACCUAAUCACUGUACCCUCUUCCACAGUGGAUAACUGGGUAAGAGAGCUAGCACUGUGGUGUCCCAGCCUGAAGGUCAUUGUUUAUUAUGGCUCUGUAGAGGAACGUAAAUACCUCCGCCAUGAUAUUCUCAACAAUCAAGUGGAAUUUAAUGUCAUUGUGUCUACAUAUAACUUGACUAUAGGCAAUGAAAAUGACCGCAGUCUCUUCCGCAAGUUGAAGUUGCAGUAUGCUGUGUUUGAUGAGGGUCACAUGUUGAAAAACAUGAACUCGCUACGCUACCGCCAUCUCAUGGCCAUCCGUGCUGAACAGAGAUUGUUGCUCACUGGAACACCUUUACAAAACAACCUACUAGAACUCAUCUCUCUGCUCAACUUCAUUAUGCCCUCCAUGUUCUCUAGCAGCACUUCACAGAUUUCCAAGAUGUUCUCCACGAAAUCGUCAGAAGAGGAAAGUAGUUUCCAUAAAGAAAGGAUUGCCCAAGCCAAGCUCAUCAUGAAGCCCUUCAUCUUGAGACGAGUCAAGAGUGAGGUGCUGAAAGAACUACUGCCCAAGGUGGAGAAGAUCAAAAUGUGUCCCAUGAGUGAUGCUCAGCAGCAACUGUAUGAUGAUCUUUUCCGAAGGCUCAAGAAGACUGUUAAGACUGGAGAGAAGCGAGAGCUGAGUAAUGUGAUGAUGCAGUUAAGAAAGAUGGCCAACCAUCCACUGUUGCACCGGCAGUACUAUACUACAGAGAAGCUUGAGGCCAUGAGCCGAGCUAUGCUGAAGGAACCAACACAUUUUGAUGCAGACCCUGAAUUGAUCCAGGAAGACAUGGAGGUGAUGUCAGACUUUGAGCUGAAUAAUCUUUGUAAGGAAUACAGCUCUAUUUCCAAGUUUCAGCUGGAUAAAGAGCUCAUUCUGGACUCUGGAAAGUUUUCCCUGCUUACUAAGUUAUUAGCCAAGCUCAAGGAGAAGGGUGAUAGAGCAGUGCUCUUUAGCCAGUUCACCAUGAUGCUGGACAUUGUGGAGGUUCUGCUGAAACACCUUGGUCACCAGUAUGUUCGGCUGGAUGGCUCCACUCCUAUGACAGAAAGAAUUGGCCUCAUAGACAAAUACAACACAGACCCUGAAAUAUUUGUCUUCCUUCUGUCAACUCGUGCUGGUGGCCAGGGGAUCAACCUCGCUUCUGCUAAUGUAGUAAUUCUUCAUGAUAUCGACUGCAAUCCUUUCAAUGACAAACAAGCAGAGGACCGCUGUCAUCGAAUGGGGCAGCGCAGGACCGUGCAAGUUAUAAAACUGGUUAGUAAAGAUUCCAUAGAGGCCUGCAUGCUUCGUGUAGGGCAGGAGAAACUCAAACUUGAACAAGACAUGACUACUGAUGAUGGUGAAGAGGGCUCCAUGUCAGAGGAUGUGGCUGAGCUGUUAAAAGUAUCACUUGGCUUUUGACAAAAGUGAUGAGUAUAGAAAACAUGCACCACAGCUAAAUAGCUGAGCCAGUAAAUACACUGACUAAACAUGCACUUGCUACCCAUAAAGGUGGUAAAAAGUAGCUGUGUCACUUUGUUUGACUGAAAAAUUAACCACAUCGUACUUUCCUGAUUAUUAUUUACUUAAGCUACUUUUCUCUUUCAUAUCCUUGUUUUGGCUAAUAUUGAAAAUAAAGCACUGAAUGUUUGACAUUUUCAGGGUUAAGAUGACAUUUGUGCCAGUAGUUCUUUAGCCUGUCUUUUUUUUUUUUUAGUUUUAACUGUACUAUAGUUGUCUGUAUUAUAUAUUGUUGUACAUGUCAAAUAAAGACAAUUUUUAUUAGC